GAUUGAACUGGGGCGGCGUUGUACAGAAUUAUUAAUAUCAAUAAUUUCCGUAGCGUAAAGACUACAGUAUAAAGCAGAUUUUUUUCGUGAAUAUUUCAAGUAGCAACCAUUGAACCUACUAUGUAUAGAAAGUGACUCUGAUUACGUUGUGUAGUAUAAGCUGGGGAUACAGUGGACAGAAUUGCCAUUAUGAAUACUUAAGCAAAAACGGAAAUUUUAAUAAUUUCAAUUUGCGUAGCGUAAAGACUACAGUGUAAAGCAGAUUAUUUCGUGAAUAUUUCAAGUAGCAAGCAUUGAACCUACAAUGUAUAGAAAGUGCCUCUGAUUACUUUGUGUAGUAUAAGCUGAGGCUGUCGUGGACAGAACUUUCAUUAUGAAUACUUGAAGAAAAAGAGGUUACAGCUGUCAGUCACGUAAAGCCGUUGAUCCUGUUGCUGGAUAACCACUGGUUCCAUGCAACGUUAAAACACCAUACAAACAAAGUACAGCUGUCAGGGUUUCCGUGAAUACGAAUACUCUGUAUAGUUUAUAAACUGAGGCCACAGUGUGCAAAAAUUUACGUCAAUGUGAAAACCAUCACUGUCUUUUUCCAAUUUUUUUUCUAAUGGCAAAUGUAUUUUGCAUUGUGUGAUUAACGCUCUACACGAUGAAGUUGGCUAACAGAAUUUUUAAGAAUAUCCUUUUGAAAUUUCGAUAUUUUUUUAUAUUAAAUUUUAAUUUUUUUUUAAAUCUCGUCACAACGGGCGAAUAUAUCCCACGCGACUGAAAGCUUGGUUUGUUUUAAAACUGAAUUUGUGGCGCUAGGAGUUUCAUAUAUAUACAUCUUGGCUUUCUUCACCAGCACCUUGAAAAGCACAUCGUUUUUGGCUACUUAAGUUCCACUUCCUUUUUAAUAUGGAUCCUGCAUUUUCGUGCGAGUUCUGUGGCAUUUACAUGGGGGACCCAGACAAGGAACCUCGGGUCCUCUGCUGUGGUCAUACCUUCUGUACCCCGUGCGUCUGCGAUUUUUUCAGAGGGGGAAAGUACAAAUGCCCUUCGUGCAGUCGCCAACACCAUCCAGAAAAUACAGAAGCUAUACCCAUUAAUCAUUCCCUCCUGAAAAUGAUCAGAACAGAGAAUUCUCCUGGUGGUAAGAAAUCCAAAAGAGCAGUUUCUUCACCUGGGUUAUCUAAGAACGGUGGUACUAAGAGUGAUAGUGAGACAGAGACUGAUUUGCCAGUGGUAAACCCUGGUUCAUCUGAGGAACCACUCCACCAUGCUGGAAAAUGCGACAAACAUGACACAUACUGUACGUUUUGGUGUAAAAAGUGUAAGGAAUGGAUAUGCCACGACUGCACCAUCAUAGGCCACCCACCAGCGCAAUGUAGCAUCUGCUCCUUCACCCAAGCCGUCGAGGAAAUGAAAAUGGAGGAGGACCUCUGCAUCAAGAGAACCAUUGAGCUGUUUGAUGCUCAUGCCGAAAAAUACCACGAGAAGCAGUGGGCUCUGAAGGCACUGAGAGAGAAGCACAGAGCUUUGAUCAAGGAGCUGCAGAGACUUUUGUCAAAACACCAGAGGGCGAAGAAGGACAUAGAGAGACAGGCGGAGGCCAUCAAGAGUUGCCUCACUGACGGACUGACGACUUUGUUGACGAUGCUUGAAUCACAAGGGCGGCUGCUGGAGGCUCAGACACUACAGGAGGUUCUUGAGGCCCGCCACCAAGCCCAGAUAUGCCAGAGCAAGAUCUUGGCCUGGCAUGACCCUGCUAUUCUGGCCGAGACUGAGGAGAUAUAUUACUCUGAGGAGUUGCAAAAUUCGACAUCGAUUGCCUUUGCAGUUCUGAGACACACCUUGCCAUCUUCAGAUAACUCGAGUAUCAAAUCCCCGUCGAGUGAUUUCACUACUCUGUCCACUGAGGAUGAAGCAGAAGUAGCGAGGAACAUAAAAUACUUGAUGGAAAGCCCAGAAUGGAAGAGAAUUGUUGAAAAGAGAGAAAAUGAUGACCUUGCCACUGAUAACUCUUGGUGGCAUUGCUUGGCGAAAGGCUCUGGCAAGACUGACACUAGGAAGGAUGAAUUGGACAGGGGCCUUAAUAAUUCUUACAACAAAAUGGGUGACCAACAACUGGAAAUAAAGUCGCCAUCUCCUAGAAAACGUUCUACACCCAUUGAAGAUUCUAUUGACAAGUGUAAAGAGGACUCAGACGAUGAUUGUCGAUGCUCUCUUCCCCAUAAGCAGCAUUUGGCCUAUGAUGACUUAAAGGGUCUUGUGUAUCCUUCUAGAAGUACGUACCCUGUGGCCAAAAGAAGAGCCUCUCUCUCUCCAAAGCUAGACCAGAUAUCAGAAAACGAGGAACUAGUUGAAGGGCUGACCAAGGAACCUAGAAAAGAGGAACUAGUUGAAGGGCUGACCGAGGAACCUAGGAAACAUGUGGAGGAAAAAGGCUUGGACUACCCACAGAUUCCAACACGAAGAAGAAUUGGGUUUACAGGGGGUGAUAGCAAGCAGAUUGGUAGUUUGGAAUGUCUACAAAGGGCUGGUAUUACUAUUCCGUCAACAAAAGGCAUUACGUUUACUGAGACGGACACGAAAACUCCAGAUGCCUCCAUACCUGCAGUUGCGAGUGAACCCACCUACCCCGAGCAGGAGGGGAGUUCCCGUGAGAAUUCGCUUCUAGGAGACUCUAGAAACGAACUUCAUCUAUUUUACUAUGCAAAUGGCGGUUUUGAAAAUGCCCCUGAAACUGAUUUUGGAAGCCAUGAAUGUGGGACUGACAAGGGGCAUGAUAGGAAGUCUGAUUCUGGAAAGGAUGUAGUUGGGAUCUCUGCACCAGCUGGAAAUGACACCAUUGCGAACUCUGCACCGGCUGGAAGUGAGAGCGUUGGGAACUCGGCACUGGCUGGAAAUGAGUCUGUUGGGAACUCUGCACUGGCUGGAAAUGAUAGCGAUGGCAACACUGCUUCAGGAAACAUCAUUGUGGUGGCUGGUGAAGCAGAUGAAGAUGAUGAUAAUGAGGGUGGUAAUCAUUAUUAUGAUAGUGAUUACUUAGAUGAUAAUGAAGUAUCUGACGGUGGUUAUGAAUGUGACGCAAUCCAUUCCUCAGUGAGUGAAGAGAGAGAGUGUGGAACAGAACAAAUGGAAAGAAAAUUUCCAAAUAAUGAAUACAAUCCUCAUGGAAGCAGUCUCCUUGCGGAAUGUCAACAUGAAAGAGACUCCUCCAAAAGUACAGAGAAGACCACAAUUUCUAAUAGAAGCAUAAGUGGUAAUACAGAAAGAAGCGAAGGUAGCUAUGACGGAUACACUUUUGUUAAUGAAAGAGGAGAAAUUUUCCGUAGUGUAGGAACUGAACCUACAUCUUUGUUCAAUAAUGAACCUCCUGGUGACAAAUGGUUUCACUUGAAUAUCAUCAAAGAUGAAGUACAGGUUGUGGGAGCAGUUCAUAUCAUAGCCAGUUCUAUUUUUCCAUACUUGGACGUCGAUUUCAAGAAGAAUCUGAGAACACUUCCAGUACUGAAUCAGCGGAAGAGACAGCCCUUUACUGUGCAGGUGUUGAAGAAAGCCAGACUGAAGUAG